GUCGUUUGGACCAGCUUCAAAUAAUUACGAAAGAAGGCAGAAGAGCCUUCUUCCAAUACCAAAAUGGAUGCAUUCCUGACCAGACUCACCCAGCAGGCGACGAAUUAUGCCAUUCGCUAUGGAAUUUCUAUCACGGCCGGUUAUGCGUUCCGUCAGUCAUCCCGCCUGCUCAAAAAUGUUGAUAGGAGCGAAGAGCGCGAUGAGUUGCUUUCAUUGCAACAGCGUCUGGAAAGCAAAAUUCAGGUCAUUUCGCCUGCCAUUGAUAUGAUUGAGUUGAUUGCUGCACGAGGCAACACAUCUCUGGAAUCUGCUGUCUCCCUUACACAAAGUCUCCGACUGGAUAUCCAAGCCUUGGGUCAACGAUUGGCAAAGGCCGCUGCCUCUGAGGAACUGAUUCGAAAGGGUGCGAAGUCAUCCAAGGACCGAUCUCAAAAUGACGCUGAGUUAAAGCGCAUCAUAAGGGACAUAAAAAGACUCCUGGUUCGAAUCGAGGAUGCCGUACCCCUCAUGAACCUGGCCAUCACUACAUCCGGCGCGAAACUGUCAACUAACCUACCUUCAACGGUUUCGCCAUCUAGGUUAUUGCAGGCCAGUACUUUCAUGACUGCUGGAGAUACACAAUAUUCUAUGUCUCCAUCGCAGGCAGUUCAAAUAGGUCCCACGCUUACAUUGUCCAUGUAUAUGCUUUUUGCCAGCCACCUUCGCCCACAUGACGAGGAAGGUACUCGCGAAGCAACAUGGAAGGAAGUCAUGCAUAAAGCUCGCUUGAAGCUUCGCCGAGUGCCUAUGAAUCUAGCGUUCAAUUUGGAAGGCCAGAAAGGACAACUACAUGCAGGAGCAAGAGUAGACGAGUUCGCAUACCAAAUGCUUAUAAUUGAAGAUCUGGAUGACGGGAGAGUUCAUACGUUCGAGGAUGGCGAACCCCAACCUCAUAGCUAUGAGGGUGUUAAAAGUGCUGGGAUUCGGGAAAUCCUACCUAUCCAUCAAAUCUCAAAGAUUUUUUACGCCGACACAGGGAGGAUUCUCAAUAUCAACACUGACGGCGAGACUAACAACCCGGUGUUGCUUCUGAAAAGAGAUAUCAACGCCAUACCUCCUCGUCGCAUGGUUGAACGAGACGAAGCAGAUUUCGAUUAUGAAGAAUCGGAUCAAGAAGAGGAAGUGGACGAAAUCCAAGCGCAGCUUGAUGCACAGUUGAAUGGAGAAGGUGCUACGACGAAUAACAUCAGCUUUGAUAGCUCAUCGAUUCCGGAGGAAUGGCGACUACCUCAAGGUCUCGACCCGGAGUGGAUAGCAUUUGAGGUUUAUAACGAAGACGAAUCGUCAGAUGCGGAGUCAGAGGCAGAAGCUCCCCCAUCACCUUCUGAUGAUCUUGAUCCGCAGAUGUUGGAAAAAUUGUCUCUUGAGCACAAUGAAAGAUCUUCUCCCUCCCGAGACAUCUCCCGACCUUCAUCCUCAUCGCAACAUCUUACCCCGACCACCGUUUCAAACCCCAUAUUCAACAAUAUACAAACCUCCCUAUCCCUCCUCGAGACCCUUCUUCGCCUGAUGUCUUUGCAACAAUUCCAACAACAAUCCCAUCUCUCCAUUAGUGACGAACUCUUGAAUUUCUUCUUGGAAGAAUCCUCAACCACCGGUGCUGGCGGCGAUGAGCAGCACCGCCAGCGCCUCCGUGCAGAUGCUAGACGCAAAGUCGGCUGGGAUCCAUAUGACGAAAGUCCAGUCAAGCGACGAGGCGAGGAUUACCAGUACAGAGGAACGCCUGUUGGGUAUCCUCGCGAUGUCGAUGACUAUCAAUAUUCGCCUAGCGACAGAUCUCGCGGAUAUCAAAUUCGUUCGCGCGAAAACACGCCUGAAACACCGCUACCAUCUCGUCGUUCUCCUUCUGUCCAGUCCGAUAUCAGGCGUCGGAACAUGUUCCGGGGCGUAUCGACUUUUACCGAUGAAGGGUCAAGGAGGGGAUCCCCGCUUUCUAAAAGACCUGCAACAUUACCGGACGAUAGAAAUACUGCAAAGCCAGGUGGCGAUGACGAAGCCGAUUCUGGUGCUGAGACGAAACCUGAAUAAGGAAAUUAUUGGUGCGCCAUAGGAUAUGCGAACCUGAAAGAUGAUGUAUAUGUAGUAAAGAUGAUCUGACGAAUCAAUUUUGGCAAGCAAAUAGAGAUGAUCCCAUGUAAAUAGGUCUAAAUACAAUCCAUAGAAUUCACAAAAUGAGACCAUAUUAAUUGAUAUCAAAACUAUCGCUGAAAAACAAAUACAUAGUAAGC